AUGGCGGGCAAAGCCAGUAGCCAGUCAUGUUGCAAAGAAGCGUCUUGGUGGGAAAAGGACCCAAGUCUAAAGAGUGAGGACAUUCGCAGUCGGACUGAGUUCCUUGGGUUGCUGAUUGUACUCCUUGUCCACCAAUUGGCGAAUGUGCCUGGCUCCGCCGCAAUGGAGUCCUCAAGAGACUUUGCUUUUCGUAUGUACGGAUACGUACACUACGUAUGUGAUAGUGGGAUUACUGGGGUUUCCCUUAAUGACUACUGGCACUUUCAAGUUGUGACUAGCGCAACAUCAUGUGCCCCGCGGGUUUGCUGUGCAAUGGUGGCUUAUUUCGAAAUGGAGUACAUCGACUGGCUGGCCGAUUUGCUUGAGCGCACAGUUGAAGUAGUACACGAUGCCAAACAUCCAAAGUGGUAUAGACUCAAUCUUUCUUGGACCGUUGAGAUCAUAUUCGAUUUGCUGGAGCGAUACAUCGACGUCAUUCCGUCCCUUAAGAUGUUUGCGAGGUUUCUUUUGCUACACUGUCGACGCAUGGGACGUCUUCAGACGGACGUCCGAGCUGUAGUCCCCGCGGUCGCUGAGGCUACUUGA